CUGCAGACACACACACACACACACACGCACGCCGCGGCACGCUCCACCUGCAGUCUGGACGCGCUCUCAGGACGCAGAAGAUGGGGAAAGAAGCCAGACCCAACUACAACCCGGUCCAGUUCAUCCUGGCAUGCGUGUCGUGCGUGGGACUGGGAAACGUGUGGCGCUUUCCGUACCUCUGUCAAAUGCACGGUGGAGGGGGCUUCUUGAUUCCAUAUUUGAUCAUGCUGGUUCUGGAGGGUAUCCCCUUAUUCUACUUGGAGCUUGCCAUUGGUCAGAAGAUGAGCCUGGGCAGCAUCGGGGCGUGGACGGCCAUCAGCCCGUACUUGGGGGGAGUAGGUUUCGCUAGUGUUGUGACGUCCCUGUAUCUGUGUCUCUAUUACAACGUCAUCAAUGCAUGGAGCUUCUGGUACCUCUUUCAUUCAUUUCAAUCGGUCCUGCCCUGGGCAGAGUGCCCCCUCAACUCCAAUCAGACGGGACCGUUAGAGGAGUGUGAGAAGGGUACACCCACCCAGUACUUCUUCUACAGGGAGACCCUGAACAUCUCUCCUUCAAUUGAGGAGAACGGAGGCAUUCAUACAGGCCAGGCAAUGUGCCUCGUGCUGGCCUGGGUGCUUACCUACCUGUUCAUUGUGCGAGGAGUGAAGUCAACGGGAAAGGUGGUGUAUUUCACAGCCUUAUUUCCAUACGUGGUCCUCUUUAUUUACCUUGUUCGGGGCUUCACUCUCCAUGGUGCCGUCAACGGUGUUGCAUACAUGUUCACACCAAAGUUGGAACAGCUCGCCAACCCCACCACGUGGAUCAACGCGGCCACUCAGAUCUUCUUCUCGCUGGGCCUGGGCUUCGGGACGCUCAUAGCGUUUGCCAGCUACAACCAGUACCACAACAACUUUGAGCGCCAAGCCGUCAUUGUUUCCCUCAUCAACUGCGGGACCUCCAUCUUCGCCAGCAUUGUCACCUUCGCCAUCUACGGGUUCAAGGCCACCGUCAACUACGAGAACUGCUUGGACAGGACUCGUUUACUACUGCUGAAUACGUUUGAUCUUGCAGAGGACAGCAUCAAUAUAGACAGCGUCUUUGAGUGGAUCGAGAGGCUGAACACAACAUUCCCAGAGCAGUUUGCUGCAAUUGCCCACAAACUGGAAGGCUGCGACCUGGAGAACGAACUAGACACCGCGGUGGAGGGGACGGGUCUGGCCUUCAUCGUGUACAGCGAGGCCAUCAAGAACAUGCCAGUGUCCCAGCUGUGGUCGGUGCUGUACUUCAUCAUGCUCCUGCUGCUGGGAAUGGGAAGCAUGCUGGGCAACGUCACCGCCAUCAUCACGCCGCUGCGGGACUUCAAGUGUGUGUCCAACAUCAGCGACGAGUUGUUAAACGGUCUAGUGUGUGUCUUCUGCCUGCUGCUCGGCCUGGGCUUCACCACCACCUCGGGGAAUUACUGGUUCACCAUGUUCAACGACUACGGAGCCAACUUCUCCCUGCUCUUCAUCGUCCUCAUCGAGGUCAUAGCCGUCAGUUACAUCUAUGGGAUUAAAAGGUUUGAAAAAGAUAUUGAAGACAUGCUGGGUCAUCGUCCCAACUGGUACUGGAAGAUCAUGUGGGGGGGCAUCAGUCCCCUUCUCCUGAUCACCCUCUUCAUCGUCUACAUAGUCAACUACAUCCGAGGAGGGACCCCCACCUACCAAGCGUGGGACAAAGAGCUGGGCAAGUCAGUGGUGAUGGAGUAUCCCGUCUUCGCUCAAGUCUUCAUCGGGCUCCUGCUGGCGUCGUCCAUCAGCUGUAUCCCGCUCACGGCUCUCUACGUCUACUGCAGGAAGAGGAAACACGGACGCCGCCGCGAGACGCCGCCCACCGUCAACACGGUGUCUACUUAGUGAGCAGAUGGUAAGCCGGGGGGGGGGCAUCACCCUCCGUGGUAGACAGGUGAAUAUAUGGCUGUACAGCUUCCAUCAGUAUUAAAGUCAAACUUCUGAGCCCGAUUCCAAUCAAUACUUUAAAAGAGUCGUUGUAUUUACAUCAGAUUACAGUUUGUUUGAUUGCCAAUGGUAACGUUUAGAGCAAAUGUAGUACAGUGUUUCAUGUUUGAUAAAAAGUCAGUGAAUGUAGGACGCUAUGUGGCUCACUGUGUGGGUUGUGUGUGUUAUUCUUUUUUCCCAUGUCUUAUACUGCAAAAAUAUCUUAAAUCAAGUUGUUUCCCAUUCAGCCACAGAUAUUACUGACCAAAUGGAGCUAAUUCAGAGUCACUUGGAGCUCGUUUGUAGUGACGCUGACUCCCAAACACGUCCAGCGAUAACAUCAAAGAAUGUUCAGCCCUCCUUCCACUAGUAACCUUCCCUUUUUACAAGUGAGUCGUUUGGAGGAUCGGGACGUUUUUAUUACUAUUACCAAAAUAGCACUUUUUAAAACUAAGCGCUCAAAUAUUAUCAGUUCACGCUGCACAGUUUGAAACUCCAAAACUUAUUUUGAAACCGGUUUUGUCAACUAAUAAUAUCUUGUAGCAGGUUUUCUGCUGAUUUAUACAUCUGCUUCAAUGUAAGGCGGUUAAACAAAGUGUCUGUUUUUUCUACACAUUUACUACUUUUGCAGAAGUGGUCUUGACAGUGCUGGAUAUGCUGUGAUGCAUUAUCUUUAAUGUGUGUGGAACACAAAGUCAAGCUUAAUUAAAUAUUUGUCUUGCACAGCCUCACAUAUGUAAAAUGUGUACAUAGUGUAGAUACGUAUGACAUCUAAUGAUGAAAUGCAUUUAUGAACUUUUUCUUCUUUUUGUGUUAUUGACUAAAUUAGAUGUUUGUACCAGUCUGUCAUAAACAAGGAAAUAACAUGUUUGAUGUCAAUUCAAAUCAAGAGUUUCCUUAACAUUUUACAAGUAAUGAGUAGAAUC